AUGCCCGAAAACGACUUCCGCCUGCUCACCCUCGAUUGCGGCGGCGUCUGCGGCCUGUCGACGCUUCAGAUCAUGAAGCAGUUGAUGGACACCAUCGAUCCGGACUCACCACCGAAGCCUUGCGACUGCUUUGAUAUUAUCAGAGGCACCAGCACUGGCGGGUGUACAGUGAUUGCCCUGCCGAAUGCAUCCCUAACGAGAAGCACAGGCUUAUAG